AUGCCUUUAACUGGACACUGCCUUUGCAAGGCGGUCACUUACUCUGCGGACAUUGACAAGCCUCUGCUCACUGCUUACGAUCACUGUGAUGACUGCCAGCGCCAAAGUGGUUCCACCUACUCUCUGGUCGCCGUCGUCCCCAAGGCCACUCUCACUAUUAACGGCCCCACCAAGUCCUGGGCUGGUGUUGGUACCUCUGGCAUGGCUGUUCACCGAAUUUUCUGCUCUGAGUGCGGUUCCCCGAUCGCUCAUGAUCCCGAUUCGGCCCCUGAGAUCAUUGCUCUGAAGGCUGGUACCCUGGACACGGAAAUCAAGCGGAGCCUGGAGCCGGAUACCGAGAUCUGGACCGUCAGCAAGCUUCCCUUCUGCAAGCAGGAACUGGAUCACCCUUUCGAGCAGAUGCCAGUACCUCAGUAG